AUGAAUUGUAGGCUAUUAAAAAUUGUUAGCCCUUUAUUGGGUAUAGUCAGAUCAAAAGGUUAUAAAGCUCCUGGUGGAAUACGUUAUCCAGGAGGCAUAGUUUAUUACCCUAGAUAUCCAGAUCACAAAGAUCCUGAGUACACGCCAUCAAAAUUGUUUAGAGUAGAAAGGAUCAAAGCCUCUAAAGGUUAUCCUUAUUGGCAGAAAAAUUUAUUAAAGGAACUUAAUAUUUUAGAACGAUGUGGUACAAAAGUGGCAAUAGUCAAAAAUAUUCCCGAAAACAAUACAAGGUUAUGGAAAAUUAAGCAUUUAAUCAAAGUAACUCCCAUAGUGUUCCCUUUUGGAGAACCUACUAAAGAAGACAUAAAUUACACAGUAUUGAAAGAGAAUGGUCAAUGUAUUGUAACAAAGAAAUUGGAGCCUAAACAAGAACAAAUUGAAGCUUUCGAACAUUUUAAUAAAGAUGUCAAGAAAAUGGAUUCUGAAACCAUUAAGAAAGACAGUAGAUAUAAAUGGAAUAAUGCAUUUACUGGUGGUUUUUAA